AUGGAGGGGCUGGGGGUGGGCAGCGUUCUCCUCACCGGCUGCGAUGGGGGGGUGGGUCUGGGGCUGCUGAAGGGGCUGCUGGAGCAACCCAACCCCCCCCGGCACAUCUUUGCUGCUUGUCUGGACCCCCAGGGCAAGGCUGUCAACGAGGUGGCUUUGGGCUUCCCCAAUGUCCUGGUCCUGCCUUUAGACGUGACAGACCCCAACAGCAUCAAGGCAGCAGUGGGGAAGGUGCGGGAGGGGGUGGGGAGCUCUGGCCUCAACCUCCUGAUCAACACCGUGGGCACCACGCGCCGCAGCACCUUGGCCACAGAGACAGCUGAGAACAUGACCAUUGUCUACACCACCAACACCAUCGGGCCCCUGCAGACAUGCCAGGCAUUCCUGCCCCUGCUGAAGGAGGCGGCCGAGGCUGAAGGGCAGAGUGGGAUGAGCUGCAGGCGAGCUGCCAUCAUCAACAUCUCCAGCAUCCUGGGCUCCAUCCAGGCAGCUGAGGGCUGGGAGGAGAGGCAGGAUGUCUGCUACCGCUGCAGCAAGGCUGCUCUGAACAUGCUCACCAAGUGCCUGGCCCUGGAGUAUGGGGGCAGUGGGAUCCUUUGUGUGUCUGUGGACCCUGGCUGUGUGACACCUCCCUUGGGGCAGGGGACGGGCCCAGUGACAGUGGAGGAGAGCGUGCAGGGUGUCCUGAGGCUGCUGGCCCGGCUCUCAGCCACCAGCAAUGGGACCUUCUGGGACUGGAGAGGGCAGAGCCUGCCCUGGUGA